AUGACGGUGAAGCGGCGCAAUGGAGGGCGCAACAAGCACGGGCGCGGGCACGUGAAGCCCAUCCGCUGCUCCAACUGCGCCAAGUGCUGCCCCAAGGACAAGGCGGUGAAGCGGUUCCUGGUGCGCAACAUCGUGGAGCAGGCGGCCGUGCGUGACGUGCAGGAGGCGUGCGUCUAUGACGGCUACGCGCUGCCGAAGCUGUACGCCAAGGUGCAGUACUGCAUCUCGUGCGCCAUCCACUCGCACGUCGUGCGCGUGCGCUCGCGCCAGGCGCGCCGCAUCCGCGAGCCGCCCAAGAGGCCCGGGCGCAAGGUGGGUGAAGGCGCUGCUGCUGCUGGUGGGCGGGGAGUGUGGGGAUGUGUGGGGGUUGGAGAUGUGUGGGUGAUGCGUGGGGAGGGGACUAGUGGGACUUAG